GAGAAGCUGAACAUGUGUUUUAGGGGUCGCUUUGCGAGUGUGAUACCAAAAAGACAACAUCUUUUUUUCUCAAUUUACGGGAAAAUCUGUCCAAGUCGUGACAGUUACAGCAAAGGACGAAUCAUAGCUUACGCUACGAAACGGGACUUAUCGUUAACAGCUUGCUCGUACAGUAGUUUGCAUUUUGGAAAGCUGCCCUGAGAACUUUUAUGUCAAAGGUAGGCUAAGCGAUGCCAUUUGAGUGAGGAUAUGCUGUGAAGAGGUAUUUUCAAGUUGUCUAAUUAAAAACGGCGUUUAAACGAUCAAGUUUAUUUUAACUGGAAGUAGAAAAGGAUCACGAUCGACCUAUGACACUGUACGUCCGCUCAGAUUGGUGCUGCAAAUGGGCGGCAUAGGCGGCAAUUUGUACCUCAAUAUGUUGAAUGGAACUGAGACACAAAGUUUCGCGAAAGAAGCCGACAUUAGCAGUCACCUACAUCGCAACAAAGACUUGGUGGACUUGAAAAUGGGAAUUCACGACACGAGGUUUUAUUAUCAGGAAUCAAUCCAGAACGGACAGGACAAUCUGCCUCUGCAGUAUCAUACCGAGCAAACUGUCGCCGGAUUCGGUGCGCAACCCGGGAGGUUCUACUCACCAACUUCACUCAGCAGUUGUCACUUCAACAACAUACGGUCGCCGUCGAGAGGUGGCACGGGACAAACUUAUGUGCCGGCAGGAGGAGAUGGAUUUUUGUCGCAGGGCAAAGAUGUGUACCCGUCCGGUGCAGAGAGUUACUCUGCGUCCUUUCAGCACGGGUAUCCCCGCGCACCCCUGUACCCUAUACCUGGCCUACAGGUGUCGGGCAAAACACAGGCUGUCCUCAACAAUUACCCUCUUUGGGCCAAGUUUCACAAAUACCAAACCGAGAUGAUCAUCACAAAACAAGGACGGAGGAUGUUCCCCUUCCUCAGCUUCAACAUAAGUGCGCUGGACCCCACGGCGCACUACAACGUCUACGUGGACGUGGUGCUCGCCGACCAGCACCACUGGAGGUACCAGGGUGGCAAGUGGGUGCAGUGUGGCAAAGCCGAGGGCACCAUGCCAGGUAACAGGACGUACAUGCAUCCCGACUCGCCCAACACCGGAGCUCACUGGAUGAGGCAGGAGGUGUCCUUUGGUAAACUCAAGCUCACCAACAACAAAGGCAGCUCCAACAACGUGGCCCAGAUGAUUGUGCUGCAGUCGCUACACAAGUACCAGCCCCGUCUACACGUCGUGGAGGUGAAGGAGGACGGCUCAGAUGACCCCUUCCUCUCCUCCAAGGCCCAGAUCUUUGUCUUCCCAGAGACACAGUUCAUCGCUGUGACAGCCUAUCAGAACGCAGACAUCACUCAACUGAAAAUAGACCACAACCCUUUUGCUAAAGGCUUCCGGGACAAUUACGACACGCUCUACGUCCAGCAGGACUCCGAGCGGCUCACCCCGUCCCCCAACGAUGGUCAGCAGCUCCUGGCGGGUGGCUGUUACCACCAGCAACCUUACCUUGCAGACCAGUACAUGAGCCCGCUGCCUCAGGGCCGCUUCUACAGCCGCGCCGACAUGUCCAUGGCGGGCCAGCAGGGCCCCAAGGACCCGUCGUCCACCGUCAGCCCCCACGGCCGCUGGUACCUGCCCAGCCCGCACCCCAUGCCCCCCUCCAACUGCCUGGACUUCAACUCCUUCGACGGGGACUACGCGACAGGCAACGGGCUCUACAAGCCCUACCCCCACCACCUGCAGACGCCCGGGAACCCCACGCUGGGCUACUACCCGGAGAGCCCCUUCUCGACCGGGGGCAUGUCGGUGCCGGUCAGCGGGGCGUGGAGCGCCAGCGGCAGGCCCUCGCCGCCGUACCUCAGCCACCCGCGGCCGAGCAAGCCCGGGCCCCCGGGGGGCCCCCUCAGCUGGUUCCGCUCCGUGCCGACGUCCUCGUCGACCUCGCCGGCGGGGGCUAACGCGCGUCCGCCGCCGCCACUGGCCCCACCCCCGCCGAGUGUCCUCUCCACGCCUCCGCUGGAUUCUCUGCGUCUGGCCCUGCCGCAGGACAAGCCCAAGGACGGGUGUGGGGGCGGCGGUGGCGCUGGGGGAACGGGGGAGGACGGCUGGUUGGAGGCGCCCUCGGUGAAGUCGGUGGACUCGGCCGACUCGGGACACGAGGGCGGCGAGAGCAAGAAGCGGCGCGUGUCGCCGUACGCCUCCAGCACGGAGAACUCCCCGCCCAACCGGAACUCCGAGCUCUGCGAGAAGGACAGCGGCAGCGACGUCGGCUACUACAGCUUCUUCGGCCACUGAUCCCUCGCCCUACCCACCCGGAAAAAAAAGACUCGGCCCUCCGCUCCUAAC